GAGUCUGCGGGACCUGCAGCUGUACUUCAUCUCCCGGCGGGCCGAGCGCUGAAGGCAGCGGCGCGGCGCCUUUGUGGUAGCGGUGGCCCCGCGCGGAGGAAGUUCCGGUCUCCGCGGCUCUGGUUCGGUGGCGGAGGCUGAGGAGAAGGAGGAGCGGGCAGUGGAGGCUUCGCCGCCUUGGUACUGCUAUAACCAGAAUUUGGUAGAAAAAGGAUCUACUCGUUGGGGCCCUCUUGAUAAAAAGAGAUGUGGGGGGAUUCUCGACCUGCAAACAGAACUGGACCUUUUCGGACUGGGUGAAAGCUUUUUCUGCAGCAGUCAUGUUGAAAACCUUGUGUUGACUUUCCUCGUGUUCUGAAAUGGGAGCAUAAAAGUUUACUCCGCCACUUCGUCUUAAAAUAGCAAAACUUUGCUGUUUUCUGCAGAUCUAGGACCUUGUUACAGAACUCUGCCAAAAAAAAAAAAAAAUGUUUACAGAAGAAUGUGCUGUGAUUAGAGAAGAAUAUGCUGGUGUGUAGAUUUCAAACUCUCUGGACAAUAUGAAUAACACUGUCUUUGUUUCUACAGUGGGAGCCAAGAAGAAAGGUUUGCUCCCGGGUGGAACAGGGAUUAUCCUCCUCCUCCCCUUAAGAGUCAUGCUCAAGAGAGACACUCUGGCAACUUUCCUGGCAGAGAUUCACUUCCCUUUGAUUUCCAGGGGCAUUCGGGGCCUCCUUUUGCAAAUGUAGAGGAGCAUUCUUUCAGCUAUGGAGCUAGAGACGGACCGCAUGGUGACUAUCGAGGAGGGGAGGGACCUGGACAUGAUUUCAGGGGGGGAGAUUUUUCGUCUUCUGAUUUCCAGAGCAGAGAUUCAUCACAGUUGGACUUCAGGGGUAGGGACAUACAUUCUGGGGAUUUUCGGGAUAGAGAAGGACCACCUAUGGACUAUAGGGGUGGAGAUGGUACUUCUAUGGAUUAUAGAGGUAGGGAGGCACCUCAUAUGAACUACAGAGACAGGGAUGCUCACGCUGUUGACUUCAGAGGUAGGGAUGCUCCUCCAUCUGACUUCAGGGGCCGGGGCACUUAUGAUUUAGAUUUUAGAGGCCGAGAUGGAUCCCAUGCAGAUUUUAGGGGAAGGGAUUUAUCAGAUUUGGAUUUUAGGGCCAGAGAACAGUCCCGUUCUGAUUUUAGGAAUAGAGAUGUAUCUGAUUUGGACUUCAGAGACAAAGACGGAACACAAGUAGACUUUAGAGGCCGAGGUUCAGGUACUACUGAUCUAGACUUUAGGGACAGGGAUACGCCACAUUCAGAUUUCAGAGGUAGACACCGGUCUAGGACUGAUCAGGAUUUUAGGGGCAGAGAGAUGGGAACUUGUAUGGAAUUUAAAGAUAGGGAGAUGCCCCCUGUGGAUCCAAAUAUUUUGGAUUACAUUCAGCCCUCUACACAAGAUAGAGAACAUUCUGGUAUGAAUGUGAACAGGAGAGAAGAAUCCACACAUGACCAUACGAUAGAAAGGCCUGCUUUCGGCAUUCAGAAGGGAGAAUUUGAGCAUUCAGAAACAAGAGAAGGAGAAACACAAGGUGUAGCCUUUGAACAUGAGUCUUCAGCAGACUUUCGGAACAGCCAGAGUCCAGUUCAAGACCAAGAUAAGUCACAGCUUUCUGGAGGUGAACAGCAGAGUUCAGAUGCUGGUCUGUUUAAAGAAGAAGGCGGUCUGGACUUUCUUGGGCGGCAAGACACUGAUUACAGAAGCAUGGAGUACCGUGAUGUGGAUCAUAGGCUGCCAGGAAGCCAGAUGUUUGGCUAUGGCCAGAGCAAGUCUUUUCCAGAGGGCAAAACUGCCCGAGAUGCCCAACGGGACCUUCAGGAUCAAGAUUAUAGGACUGGCCCAAGUGAGGAGAAACCCAGCAGGCUUAUUCGAUUAAGUGGGGUGCCCGAAAAUGCCACAAAAGAAGAGAUUCUUAAUGCUUUUCGGACUCCUGAUGGCAUGCCUGUAAAGAACUUGCAGUUGAAGGAGUAUAACACAGGUUACGACUAUGGCUAUGUCUGCGUGGAGUUUUCACUCUUGGAAGAUGCCAUCGGAUGCAUGGAGGCCAACCAGGCCAGAUUACCUGUCCCUAUUACUGAGCAGAAGCUGGUGAAUGAAACAGGAGAUCCCUCAGUCAAAAAAAAAAAAAAGGAAAAAGAAAAAUGAAGCAGGAGAUCCCUUCUCUACAGCCCAGAUAGAGGUAAAGCAUUAUUUGACAGAUGUAUGGAUUCAAGCAAGAAACUGAGGUCCAAUUGCAAAGAAAUGGCUUGUAUAACUCAGAGCCCUGUCUGAGGAAACACAGAGGACCCUAGAGGGCGGAGAAUGAACACAGCGCAGGGGCUAGUUCCAGAGUCGCAUUCUCGGGAACUCUAAUGAUCCAGGACAAAGAAGUUACCCUCGAGUAUGUACCAAGCCUGGAUUUUUGGUACUGCAAACGAUGUAAGGCAAGCAUUGGUGGGCACCGAUCUUCCUGUUCAUUCUGCAAGAACCCAAGGGAAGUGACAGAGGCCAAGCAAGAAUUAAUAACCUACCCUCAGCCUCAGAAAACAUCCAUACCAGCACCAUUGGAAAAACAGCCCAACCAGCCCCUAAGAGCAGCUGAUAAGGAACCUGAACCCAGGAAGAGGGAAGAAGGACAAGAGUCACGCUUAGGACAUCAAAAGAGAGAAGCAGAAAGGUAUCUGCCUCCUUCUCGAAGGGAAGGGCCAACUUUCCGAAGAGACCGAGAGAAGGAGUCAUGGUCUGGAGAGACACGCCAGGACGGAGAGAGCAAAACCAUCAUGCUAAAGCGUAUCUAUCGUUCCACACCACCUGAGGUGAUAGUGGAAGUGCUGGAGCCCUAUGUCCGCCUUACUACUGCCAACGUCCGUAUCAUCAAGAACAGAACAGGCCCUAUGGGACAUACCUAUGGCUUUAUUGACCUCGACUCCCAUGCGGAAGCUCUUCGUGUGGUGAAGAUCUUACAGAAUCUUGAUCCACCGUUUAGCAUUGAUGGGAAGAUGGUAGCUGUAAACCUGGCCACUGGAAAACGAAGAAAUGAUACUGGGGACCAUUCUGACCACAUGCAUUACUAUCAGGGUAAAAAAUAUUUCCGAGAUAGGAGGGGAGGUGGCAGAAAUUCAGACUGGUCUUCAGAUACAAAUCGACAAGGACAACAGUCAUCGUCUGACUGCUACAUAUAUGAUUCUGCUACUGGCUACUAUUAUGACCCCUUGGCAGGAACUUAUUAUGACCCCAAUACCCAGCAAGAAGUCUAUGUGCCCCAGGAUCCUGGAUUACUUGAGGAAGAAGAGAUCAAGGAAAAAAAACCCACCAGUCAAGGAAAGUCAAGUAGCAAGAAGGAAAUGUCUAAAAGAGAUGGCAAAGAGAAAAAAGACAGAGGAGUGACGAGGUUUCAGGAAAAUGCCAGUGAAGGGAAGGCCCCCGCAGAAGACGUCUUUAAGAAGCCCCUGCCUCCUACUGUGAAGAAGGAAGAGAGUCCCCCUCCACCUAAAGUGGUAAACCCACUGAUUGGCCUCUUGGGUGAAUAUGGAGGAGACAGUGACUAUGAGGAGGAAGAAGAGGAAGAACAGACCCCUCCCCCACAGCCCCGCAUAGCACAGCCCCAGAAGCGAGAGGAGCUCACCAAGAAGGAGAAUGAAGAAGACAAACUCACUGACUGGAAUAAACUGGCUUGUCUGCUCUGCAGAAGGCAGUUUCCCAAUAAAGAAGUUCUGAUCAAACACCAGCAGCUGUCAGACCUGCACAAGCAAAACCUGGAAAUCCACCGGAAGAUAAAACAGUCUGAGCAGGAGCUAGCCUAUCUGGAAAGGAGAGAACGAGAGGGAAAGUUUAAAGAAAGAGGAAAUGAUCGCAGGGAAAAGCUCCAGUCUUUUGACUCUCCAGAAAGGAAACGGAUUAAAUACUCCAGGGAAUCUGACAGUGAUCGUAAACUUGUUGAUAAAGAAGAUACCGACACUAGCAGCAAAGGAGGCUGUGUCCAACAGGCUACUACUGGCUGGAGGAAAGGGGCAGGCCUGGGAUAUGGCCAUCCUGGAUUGGCUUCAUCAGAGGAGGCUGAAGGCCGGAUGAGGGUCCCCAGUGUUGGAGCCCCAGGAAGAACCAGCAAAAGACAGUCCAAUGAGACUUACCGAGAUGCUGUUCGAAGAGUCAUGUUUGCUCGGUAUAAAGAACUCGAUUAAGAAUGGAGACAAGUUCCAUGGGACACAACCUCCUCCUUGUUUUGUUUGUCUCUCCUUUUCUUUUGUUACUGUUCUUGCUGCUAGAACUUUUUUAAAUAAACUUUUUUUCAAUGUGAU